GGCAGCCGGGCGGCCAGGAGCUGCAGCGGCUGCCACGUGAGCGCACAGCCGGGUCCGCGCCGCGCCGCGCCGCGCCGCGCCGCCCGGGACGCCAAUGCCGGGCCGGCGGCGCGCGGGGUUUGCUCAUGAGGCCUCUGCCGAGCCGGAGGAGGAACAGCCACGGCCUCUCGCUGGGAGUCUUCGCCCUCUGCUUGGCCGCUGCCCGCUGUCUGCAGAGUCAGGGCGUGUCCCUGUACAUUCCCCAGGCAGCCAUCAAUGCCACGGUGGAAGAGGACAUCCUGCUCUCGGUUGCAUACUCCUGCCAUGGCAUCCCCACUAUCGAAUGGAAGUAUACGUCCAACUGGGGAGUGCAGAAGAUCGUGGAGUGGAAGCCAGGGACUCAGGCCAACAUCUCCCAAAGCCACAAGGACAGGGUCUGCACCUUCGACAACGGCUCCAUCCAGCUCUUCAGUGUGGGCGUGAGGGAUUCCGGCUACUACGUCAUCACGGUGACCGAGCGCCUGGGGAGCAGUCAGUUUGGCACCAUCGUGCUGCACGUGUCGGAGAUCCUCUAUGAAGACCUCCACUUUGUCGCUGUCUUCCUUGCUCUUCUCGCUGCCGUGGCUGCAGUGUUAAUCAGCCUCAUGUGGGUUUGUAAUAAGUGUGCGUAUAAAUUCCAGAGGAAGAGAAGACACAAGCUCAAAGAAAGCACGACGGAGGAGAUCGAGCUGCAAGAUGUGGAGUGUUAGCCAAGGCUGGGCCCAGUUACAUUCCUACCUCAAGAGGAAAACGUUAUCUCCCAACGAAAGGAGCAAACACGGCCAGUCCACCCCGAGCCUCUUGUGCCACACACUGGUUCCUGAUGGGACAGCUGGAUGUUGGCAAGGUUGACUGCCUGGAGCUGGGCUCUGGAUUGGAUGAAGGCAGUUCCAGUGGCAUGGAGUUCAAAGAGGAGAGGGGUGGAGGCUCUGAGCCAGAGCUGUGCUUGGCUGCGGUUCCCGGGCCAUGCGGACGCAUCAGCAGUGGCCCCGUGCAGGCCCUGGCCACUUCCUCACUAUGCUCUGCUCUGGCGGGGGGAUGGCCAUUGGAGGGGUCCCCGUACCAGAGGCCAGAGUAUUUCCGGAUCAGGUGUGCAGCCAGCACCAGAACAAGCUCUCCGUGCUCCGGUCUCCUCUGCCUGUGGCCUCCUCCAGCCCUCUGCUGUGGGAGCUAUUGUGAGACCUGAGGCAUUAGAGCACCUGCUCAGAGCAGGGAAAGGAUCCCCCUCCCUCAGUGGCCUGGAGCUUUAGGGAGAAGAGCUUAAUUUGUUCCACAGGGACCAGCGUUGGGAACAAGGAAUAGGGAGAAAAUUAUCUUUCUCGUUCUCUCGUACUCCAAUGUUAAUUAGAUUUUCCCCUUCUACGGCCCCAGCGUAGGCCAGUGUGAGGAGAAGAGUUCAUCUCCACCAUGGGCAGAGUCUGGCUUCCAAAUGGCCCCCUGACAAGCUGGGUGACACCACCUGUGUGAAGGCUGGGCCUGCACGGUGGGAGGGACAACUGGAAAGUCAGCGCGGGCUUGGAAUCUGUCCCCCUCAGCCACCCACACUUUCUGUCAAGUCAGAGCCUUGCUUGCUCCCAACACGGCUGAGGAACACUUGGCCCUCACCUACCUCACCCUCAGGGUAUCAAGUGAGGCCCGCAGUAGCACAGAGCACUCCGAGCAAUGGAAGGAAAGCAUGAAGAAUCUUCCAGAGCCUAGAAAGCAAUAAGCACUAUGCUGAGUCCUGGAAAAUGUAAAAUACCCUGGGGUAUUGGGGCUCCAGGUGAAAGUGGGGACUGGAUCACAGCCGGCCUUGGCCGUUAUCCUCUGAAGUUGCUGGCCACCACGUUUGCCUGAGUUUCUCCAUCCCAGCUUCCUUUCGGCAAGCUCUAAAGCAGGCAUGAAUUUAUCUUCCAUUCUGUUUACCCUCUCCAACAUCCUUAGCUACAGGUCAAAGGUACCAUCCCAAUUAUUGGUGGAAUUUGAGCUUAGUAGCUGUGUCCCCAGCCCUCAGCUGCAAAUUUGCCCACACAAACAUGAAGGAGAGCUAGAACAUUCUCUUCUCCCUCUCUUCAAGUCCCCAAUGUCCACAUCUUUUCCAGAAGUUACCUGGAGACGUUAGUAUGAGGCUUUUCCCUGAAUACUGAAUCUGGGGUUACAGGAAGGGAUCUUUUGGAGCUAUUAGUGAUCUAGAGCAGAGCUCCAAAAGCACUGCUUGACUCAGAAGGUGAAGAGCAGUUGAUCUACACGACUGAUUUGUAGCCUAAGUAUGUGACACACAGAAGGGUCUCACCUCAGGCCACCUCCUGGACACGUGUGUAAACACACACACCUGCACCCUUUUCCCUGGACAGCAAUCAGAGGAACCAGACCUAUGCCAUGAAGGAUGGGUUUCUUAUACUGGUCUCCAGUGCCACGAAGAAGCAGGAUAAGUACCAGAGAGCGUCAAGGAUAAUCUGAUCAUUUCUUCGUCCUUUUUCACACAGCACACCCAUCAGCAGGAAACCGGACUGAUUUGGGUAGCUGCUAGAGCCUCUGUCCUCUUGACACUACCUGCUUUCCAGAACUCUACCUCUCAGCUUAUAAGAAGUCAGGGGUGGUAAUCUUUGUAAUAAAAGGAGAAAUGGAAAAGAACAUCCAGAGAGAGGCACAAACCCAGAUGUAAAUUAAAUCUGUGCCCUGCCCCUGCCCCAAAUCUUCAUGAAAGUUUAUUCCCUCAGCUUUCUGUGUCUUUAUUUUGCACUUUUAAGCUCCCACCAUCUUGCAUAUUCCUGUGGAAAGUUCUUGAUUCUUGAGCCUGGGGGUUUUGUCUAAAAAAAGAAAAUAUUAAAUCAUAGAGGUUUAGCCACUGAACAUGUUAAACUAUAAGUUAUGUUUCAAGCUGUGAGGAAAAAAAAA